GGAAGACGGAAGAGAGGAGACUUCCGGUCGUCUUGAAAGUGUGGAGUGUGAACGGUGAGCCGUUUCAGAUAAAACAUGGCUAAAAGCUUACGAAGUAAGUGGAAAAGGAAGAUGCGUGCUGAAAAGAGAAAAAAGAAUGCCCCAAAGGAACUUAGCAGACUAAAGAGUAUUCUUAAAAUAGAUACUGACAUUUUAAUGAAAGAUGUUCAAGAGAUAGCAACUGUGGUGGUGCCCAAACAUUCUGAAGCGAAAACACAGUGUGUGAUGAAAGAUGAAAAAGAUGACAUGAAAAUGGAGACUGAUACUAAGAGAAACAAAAAGAGUCUUCUAGACCAGCAUGGACAGUACCCCGUAUGGAUGAACCAGAGGCAGAGAAAAAAGCUGAAGGCAAAGCGAGAGAAAAGGAAGGGGAAAAGCAAAGCAAAAGCCGUGAAGGCGGCUAAGGGUUUGGCCUGGUAGACUUUUAAAAACUUGAAAAAUACCACAUGGGACAGAUCUUUGAUUAGAAUAUAUACACUUGAUUUCAACCUCCAAUUGAAAGCUUUGUUUCCAUAUUUUAACUGGGCCUUUUUCUUCAAUUCAAACCCAACAUAACUCUUCAAAUUUGUUUUGGAAACUUAAAUAAAAUAUUUUCUUUGAUGAAAGAAA